CCCGCCCCACCCCGCCUUCUGGGCCAAUCAGCGGCGGCCCCGCCCUCACCGGCCAAUCGGAACCGCCGUCUCCCACUUCCUCAUUCUCGCGGCCAAUCGGCGCCCGGCGGGGGGGGGUGGUGGAGGGCGGGGCCACGUGACCCGAGCCGCCGCCCAAUCGGCGCCGGCCCCGCCCCCCCGGCGCGCGGCGAACGUAAACAACAAACAAGCGGCGACGUCACAGACGUCAGCGACGUCGUCAGCGAGCGGCGGCGGCGGCGGCGGCGGGGGGAGGGGGCGCCGCGGUCGCUCCUGAUUGGCUCGGAGAAGCCCCUCGCGAGGGUUUCCAUGGGGUCCCACAGCAGCAGCAGCAGCGGCGGCGGGGGGGAGGGGCGGGGGGGGAGGGGGGCGGGGGGGCGCCGCCCCUCCCCCCCUCCCCCCCCGCCGCGGGGGGAGCCCCGGCGGGGGGAGGGGGAGGGGGAGGGGGAGGGGGAGGAGGAGGAGGAAGAUGAUGACGUCGACCUGGCCCAGGUCCUGGCCUACCUGCUGGGGAGGGACGGGGCGGCGCAGGGCGGGGCCCGGGCGGGGCCGGGGGAUCCGCCCGACUCCGACGAGGAGCCCUGGGAUGGGGGAGGGGCCGACUCUGACCCCGCCCCAGCCCCGCCCCCCCCCGACACCCGGGGCUUGGCCGGGCACGAGCUGAGGCUGCAGCUGGAGCUGGCCCUGGGGCGGGGGGCGGGGCCCGGCCCCACCGAGGAGAGUCUGCCCCGCCUCCUGCGGCAGCGCGAGUGGGGCCGGUGCCGCAACGGCAGCUUCUCGCCGGGGGAGAAAACCCGCUUGGGCUCCCAUUUCCUCCCCAACCACGUGACCUUCGCCGACUCCUACCCCAAAAAAGCCUUUUGCGGCGUCUUCUCCGACGACGGCUCCGUCUUCGUCUCCGCCUCCCAGGACCAGACCCUGCGCUUCUACGAGAGCCGGCCGGGGGGGGAGGGGCUGCGCCUGUUCCGCGCCUCCCGCGCCCGCGACGUGGGCUGGAGCGUCCUCGACGUCGCCUUCACCCCCGACGGCGCCCACUGCCUCUACUCCAGCUGGUCCGACUACAUCCACGUGUACGACAUCUACGGGGACGGGGACAACCACACGGCGCUUGACCUGCGGCCGGAGGAGCACCGCUUUGCCGUCUUCUCAUUGGCCGUGGGGCCGGGGGGGCGGGAGGUGGUGGGCGGAGCCAACGACGGCUGCCUCUACGUCUACGACCGCGAGCUCCAGCGGCGCGUCCUACGGGUGGCGGCGCACGAGGACGACGUGAACGCGGUGGCGCUGGCGGGGGAGGGGCAGCUGCUGCUCUCGGGGGGGGACGACGGCGUCUGCCGCGCCUGGGACCGCCGCAGCCUGGGGGAGGGGCGGCCCCGCCCCGUCGGGCUCCUGGCCGGCCACCGCGACGGCAUCACCUUCCUGCACCCGCGGGGCGACGGCCGGUACCUGGUGACCAACUCCAAGGACCAGACGGCCAAGCUGUGGGACCUGCGGCGCCCGGCCGGCCCGGGGGGUUUGGCCGCCGCCCGCCGCGCCGUCGCCCGCCAGAGCUGGGACUAUCGCUGGCAACGGGCGCCUCGGAGGGGUGAGGGGGCGGGCGCGCUGCCCGGCGACACGUCGCUGGUGACCUUCCGGGGCCACGCGGUGCUGCAGACGCUGCUGCGGGCGCGGCUCUCGCCGGGCGGCGGCCUCUUCCUGGGGGCGGGCUCUGCCGAGGGGGCGGUGCUCGUGUACGACGUGCUGACUGGGGCGGGCCGUGCGGCGGCUGACCAAAUCACGGGGCCUGUGUGCGGGACGUCUGCUGGCACCCGCACGGGGGGGUGCUGGCCAGCGCCUCGUGGGACGGCAGCAUCUGCCUUUGGGCCUAUCGGGAGCCGCAGGACGAGGACGUGGACUGGGGCCGCCCCUCCCCCCCCCAAUAAAGCGCUGCGACCCCCAACCGCCGUCCUGGGGUCGCCCCUGUUCCCCAAGGCCCACGCCCUGGUGCUGGCGGCACUUGUGGGGCUGGAGCCCGGCCUGCGGGCACGCGCUGACCCCCACAGCCUGCUGGCCUCGCCCCACAACCUGCUGAGGCGUGAGCGCCUGGUGGCCUCGGCCGGCGGUUGGACGAGCCUCUUUCUGGGCGCCCUAUUGGUCGCCGCGUUGCCCCUGGUGCGGCCGGGCGGGGCCGCCUUGGGGCGGGCCUUGGGGCGGUGGCUGGUGGGCGUGGCCAUGGCACGCUCCGCCCCCCGCUUCUUCGCCCUCUUGGAAGCCGUGACGGGGCGGUGCGUAAGCCCCGCCCCCCUCGGGCUCCUCCUCCUGCCCCACGGCGACCCACGGAGCUGCCGGGCCAAUGGGCACCGGUGGGAGGGGGUUCGGCGCCUCCCCCCAGGCCUUUGCCUUGGUUCAUUGCGGCCUGGGAUUGGCCGAGGAAGCCUGGGCUUUGGGGCGGCUCCUGUACCCGCCGCCCAGGGGGUGGGGCAAGAAGGAGGCGCCUCAUUGGCUGAGGCGGGGCCGUGA